GACGUCACAGGGUGAGCGGUACCUUGUUUGGCCUGCAGGUGGCAGGCGUGAGUUAGAACUCUGGUCUCCCAGCAACAGCGUGUCAAUAACAGCUUCUGUUGACGUGAGAGCAAGAGCGAGGAGAAGAGAGAUGAAUGAAAUGCUAAUGAGCUAGCUUAAAGGAGCAUUAAGGGACACCUGAAACAAGACCUCUACGCUAAAUAACAGAUCAGACAGGCAGCCGAUGGGGCUGUUUGACAAGUUGGCAGGAUGGCUGGGGUUGAAGAAGGAGGUCAAUGUGCUGUGUCUUGGUCUGGACAACAGUGGAAAAACCACAAUCAUCAACCAACUGAAGCCCUCUAAUGCUCAGGCGCAAGACAUCGUCCCAACCAUUGGCUUCAGCAUAGAGAAGUUCAAGACAUCCAGUCUCUCCUUCACAGUGUUUGACAUGUCUGGUCAAGGCAGAUACAGAAACCUAUGGGAGCACUACUACAAGGAAGGCCAGGCCAUCAUAUUUGUCAUUGAUAGUGCAGACAAACUGAGGAUGGUAGUAGCCAAAGAAGAACUGGACACAUUACUAAACCACCCUGAUAUUAAACACAGGAGGAUCCCCAUCCUGUUCUUUGCUAACAAGAUGGAUGUCAGGGAAGCUCUGUCUUCUGUCAAGGUCUCGCAGCUGCUCUGUCUGGAGAACAUUAAAGACAAACCCUGGCAUAUCUGUGCCACUGAUGCUCUGAAAGGAGAAGGUUUACAGGAGGGAGUGGACUGGUUACAAGAUCAAAUCAAAACAAUGAGAACGUGAGGGCAUGAUGAUGGACGGGUCCGAAGAAGCAGCAUCCAUGGAAGUCUUUUAUGAAAGAUGGGUGGACCCUGUUUUCAGAGGUACUAUGGGAUAGUAAUGUUUUUACUGGGGUAUUUAGAUUAUUCUUGGUUGCGUGAGGUUUCAUUCAAAAAAGGAGUACAUGAUUUGAUCUCCCGGUACCAGUAGUAACUUACAGCUGUCAGCAGGGGCAGUAAAAUGUUAAAAAACAUUUGAUACUUAUCCCUUCCAUUUCUCAAUAUCUUUGUGUAACCGUCUCACAGGAAUCAUAAUGAACUAUAGCUGCAGUUAUGUAAGUUAUUGUGAUUGUUGCUUUCUUUAUUUAAGGGAGCAUGAAUACUCAGGAUGUCUUUUAGAAACUACAUCUUGUUAGGUGUUUUAUUUUGUUUGUUUUAGCCCCUCAAUUGUCCUGUGUCUGACAAAUGGCAUAUGCCAGCUUCCCUGAAGAGAAAACAUGUUUCACAGCUGAUUGAUUUAGACGAGCACCACAUUAUACCAGUGAGGUAUUUGGCCCGAUGUCCACUCGCUCACAGUUACCACUGUUAGAUAUGUGCGACCUUGUGUGGUGUGAUCAUAUUCGUUUCCACUGCACAGUUACAGCGGGGGGAUAAAUACUCUAUUCUGCAAAUGAAUGGCCACUGCUUGAACGCAGGUGAGAGUCUCUGCCUGUCUCAAGCCUCCAUGCAUCAGAUAUAAUUCUAAAAAUGGUGGGGUAGUAGGUUAAGGUACUUCAAUCUGUAUGUUAUACUGUACAUAUAAAACAAUCUUAAGCAAGGUCCUUUAGAAAUUGUUUCCACCUCUGAAAAUGCCAAAUGCUCCAUUUCUUUUCUUUUUUCCGUCUGUCUCUCAGGGACUCUGUAGAUACAUCAUUAUUUGUGUUUGUUUGAUGCAUCAUCACCAGCAGAAGCAACAUUUUUUUUUAUUUUGCUAUUUUUUUUUUGACAAUACCAAAAUGUUCAUGCAUAUCAGUGCACAUCGCCUUUUUCAAACUUGCAUAUUGGGCCAUCUCACUGUCGCAUUAAAAACAACAAUAUUUACUAUAUUUUUACUGCAGCUAUUACAUCAUGCUUCUCCGCUCAUGUUUGAUUAAUGAUUAAGAUUAAAUGUUUUCCAGGACCCUGUAGAUUUUGUUGGACAUAUUGUAACUUGUGGCUAAGCGUACGUGUAUAGUCGACUUAGCUGUAGCGAGUGAUGAAAUGAUUGUCAUAAAGUGAAUGUCAAGUAAACGAGUUUGCUUAUAAAUCAAAACUUGUCUUUACAAAGCUGUUUUUUAAUCAGUGUUUUUAUAUUUGCCUUAUUUCAGUGCUCAAACAAAAACAAAUGUAAUCCUACAAACUGCGUGAUACAAUUUGCUCUGUACUUCAGUGAUUCAAAGGCAGACAACUGAAAAGAAAAAAUCAUCCGCUCACUCUGCACACAGUUUUUAAGGCAAGCCUUUGAUCUUCCUUUUUAGUCUCGGACUGAAAGCUUGCAUUAAAGACCAUUUCUGUACAGAUCAGAGUGUGUAUGGGAAGUGAGAGGUGAUUCACUGUUUCUGGGAUUAUUUCAAGGCAAAAGGGAACAACUGACAAAAAUGUAUAGUAAAAUAUCCAUCUUAAGUAAGUGUUUUAUUUUAUAUACUCUGUGGUAUCGUGUUCAUAAAUGUCUCAGCUGUAAACCUUAUUUUUAGUAUCAGAAAUUGCAGAAGCUACAAACCCCCCCACCGCCCACCCAAAUCAGCAUCCCUGUUCAGACUACCACUGGGGGACGCCAAGGUCCAAAAUAUUGAAACUCUACUCAUUGUGGCUUUCAGGACACAACAUUGAUUUUGAAAUAUAUCAUGUAUUCUAACUUCCAGAGUGAAUAUUUACUGGGACAAGUUUCAUAUCCCUCUGUCACCUCACUUUAUACUUUUAAAACAAGAAGGGAAGUCAUGUUUCAUAUCCUCCAGACGUCUAUUUUAAAACAUUUAGACCCUUUGAGCACGAGUUCACUUUAGCAUCAGAGACGUUGUAGAUUUUUGUUAUUAAAUGAGCUUUGUGUACUUUGUUUAUUACAUUGUAUGUGUUUAUUUUUAAAGAAUAAAUG